GAUUAUUUUUUUAAUGCAUCUGUUUGAGCACCGAGAAAGCUGAGAGAAACAAAACAAACGAGGCCCAUCAGAUCUAGUACCUGUCUGGCUAAUGGUUUUUUUCCCCCCUGAUACUGGUGAUGGAAAACCGAAGCAGCAUCAGUGACCUGCUUGUACGUGCCCUUGACAACCUUUCUCAGGAAGACUUCAAAAGAUUUAAAGACAAACUAUCACACUCUGACUUUAAGGGGAACGGUAACAUUCCCCAGGGUCAGCUGGAGAAUGCCGACUGGAUAGAUACUAAGAACCUCCUGAUGAAAUUCUAUGGUGCAGAGGCUGCCAUGGAUGUAACCAUAGACGUUUUCACUCAGCUCAAUUUCAGAGAUGCUGCUGCUAAACUCAGAGAAGAAAGAGAGAAAGAUUCUUUCCCCUCAAUACUGGUGAUGGAAAACCGAAGCAGCAUCAGUGACUUGCUUGUACGUGCCCUUGACAACCUUUCUCAGGAAGACUUCAAAAGAUUUAAAGACAAACUAUCACACUCUGACUUUAAGGGGAACGGUAACAUUCCCCAGGGUCAGCUGGAGAAUGCCGACUGGAUAGAUACUAAGAACCUCCUGAUGAAAUUCUAUGGUGCAAAGGCUGCCAUGGAUGUAACCACAGACAUUUUCACUCAGCUCAAUUUCAGAGAUGCUGCUGCUAAACUCAGAGAAGAAAGAGAGAAAGUUUUGUCACAGGAAAAGGAGAAAACAGCAAAAAUUGAAGAAGAAACAAGAGGGAACGACAGACGAUGGGAUCUGGGUCCCUGUGCAGAGAUACAUUAUGCCAAGGAGCAGGGAGAUGAUAAUCUCUCUCUGAAAGGCUUUGAUUACCAGAAGAAGUAUAGAGAACAUAUACAAGAAGAAUACCAAAUGAUAGAAGAUAGGAAUGCUCGCAUGGGUGAACAUGUGAGUCUAGACAAAAGAUACACAGAACUGCUUAUUGUAAAGGAACAUCGGCAGCGGGAGGAGAAAGAACAUGAAAUAAUCACUAGAGGAAGGAAACACACAGAACUGAUGGCUCACCAGACCAGUCUCACUAAGAUUAAUGUUUUAUUUGACCCUGGUAGAAAUCAACAAAGCCCCAAUACUGUUGUGCUGCAGGGAGCUGCUGGAAUUGGGAAAACAAUGACAGCAAGAAAGAUCAUGUUGGACUGGGCAGCUGGAAAACUCUAUCAGAAAAAGUUUGAUUAUGUUUUCUAUAUAAAUUGCAGAAAAAUAAAUCUUGUUACUGCAAAGAAAAGCGUUGCUGAUUUAGUUUUAGACAAUUGUCCUAAUGGAAAAGGACCAAUUAAAGAAAUCUUUGAGAAGCCAGAAAAACUCCUAUUCCUAAUAGAUGGUUUUGAUGAAUUGAGUUCCUUGCUAGACAUUGAUGAUGUUAGUCUGUGCGCUGACCCAUUUGAGAAGAAGCCAUUGAAAACCGUACUGUGCAGUUUAUUGAGAAAGAAAGUUCUUCAAAAAUCCUUCUUACUGAUCACUACAAGACCAACUGCUCUGGAGAAACUAAAGCAUAAUUUGAAAUUUCCAUGUUAUGCAGAGAUAAUGGGAUUUUCUGGGGAAGAAAGGAAAGAAUAUUUCUAUAAAUUCUUUGGUGAUGAAAAGAAAGCAACACAAGCCUUUAAUUUUGUCAAAGAAAAUGAAAUGCUCUUCACCAUGUGCUUUGUCCCCAUUGUGUGUUGGAUCAUCUGCACGGUUAUGAAGCAACAGAUGGAAAAAAGGGAAGAUCUUUCACAAACUUCAAAAACAACCACAUCAGUAUAUUUGCUCUUUCUGUCCACUCUGCUAACUGAUCAUUUUGCUGACUCAAUACAACAGUCUAAAACUACCCUGUGGAAGCUUUGCUCAUUGGCUGCAGAUGGAAUUUUAGAACGGAAAAUCCUGUUUGAAGAAGGUGACCUGAAGAAACACAAUUUAUCCUUGCCUAAGAUUCAGUCUCUCUUUCUGAAUAAAAAUAUUUUUCAAAAAGACACAGAAUGUGAAAGUGUCUACAGUUUCAUUCACUUGAGUUUCCAAGAGUUUUUUGCAGCUCUGUUCUAUGUGCUAGAGGAAGAUGAAGAGACAACGACAGGACCUUUGUCUUCUAAGAAAGAUGUGACUCACUUGCUAAAAAUUUAUGGACCAUCUAAAAAUAAUUAUUUGAUGUUAACAGUACGUUUCUUGUUUGGUCUCUUAAAUAAAGAGAGACUAAAUGACAUGGAGAAAAAAUUACAUUGUAAAACAUCAUCUGCAAUAAAGCUGGAUUUAUUGAAGUGGUUUGAAGCAGAAGCUAAAAACAUCUCCCUUCUGCCUUAUAAGACCUAUGGGGAACUGCGUGACCAGCUUGAGUUGUUUCACUGUUUGUAUGAGAGUCAGGAAGAAGAGUUUGUGAAAAGGGCAAUGGAUAAUUUCCAAGAAAUUAGAUUGGAACACAUCAGGCUUACAACAAUGGAUGAAAUUUCUCUUUCAUUCUGUGUAAAGAACUGUUGUAAUAAUCAGUCACUUUACCUGUGUAAUUGUACACUUGGGAUUGGAGAACGAGAAGAAGGAUGGAUAGCAAAGCUACGGAAACGGUUAUUUCCUCUGAACCCACUGAUGAAAGAUCCGAGAACUUCAGCUGCAUUCGCAUUAUUGCAAGGACUGAAGGAUCCAAACUGUAAUCUAAAGACAAUAUCCUUGUCCAGCUGCAAACUCUCAUCUGCUUUCCCUGAGAACCUCUCCCCUAAGAUGCUCUUUACAAACGAGUCCCUGGAAAAGCUGGACCUGAGUGCUAACACACUGGGAGACUCAGGACUGAAACAUCUGUGUGAGGGACUGAAACAUCCACACUGUAACCUGCAGACAUUAUUGUUGUGGCAGUGCCAUCUCACAGCUGCUUGCUGUGGGGAUCUCUCUGCUGCACUCAGUACAAACCAGUCCCUGACUGAGCUGGAGCUGAGUGGGAAUGAACUGGGAGAUUCAGGAAUUAAACUUCUGUGUGACGGGCUGAAACAUCCCAGCUGUAAACUGCAGAAAUUAGUGGUUUGGAAUUGCCAUCUGACUGAUGCUUGCUGUGGAGAUCUCUCCUCUCUGCUCAGCACAAACCAGUCCCUGAGAGAGUUGAACCUGAGUGAUAAUAAGCUGAGUUAUUCAGGAGUGAAGCUUCUGUGUGAAGGACUGAAACAUCCAAACUGCAAGUUAGAGAAGCUUGAUUUGUCAGAAAUCCACAUAGACAAAAAAACAACCGAAGACUUGGAAAUUUUGCAGAAGUUAAAACCUGGUUUGUCGAUUGUGCAUAAUGCAGCAUCCAGACAUCAGAACGCAGGUCUGAAGACUGCACCAAAUCCGAGCUGGACUUGUUCCAAAUAGCCUCUAUGCACACCAACAUUGAGAAAAGCAUCUACAUCAAGGAAGAAAUCCCAGCCGCUAUGGAUCCAACCUAAACCAGGCUGGCCAGCACCGGCUGUAAUUUAUGGGGCAUGUGAUAAAUGGGGGGAGGUGUAGCUCCCUUGUGUAACUCCCCAACCAUUCAGUUAGCUGUAAAAUCCUCCUUAGUAGCUGUACCCUAACUGCCUUAUCUGUAAAGGGUUAAGAGGUAAAUUUAAAAUGAGUUGGCACCUGACAUGGGGAACCAAUAGGAAGCUGUACCUUUUCAAAUUGGAAAAAACUGCUGGGUGUCUGUGUCUUUGUUCUCUUGGACACAGAGGGACAAGACAGCAAGGUAUGCUGUAAAGAUCAAGCCAGGUAUGAGAAAUCAACUAUAUCAUACCUAGAAACUACUCAUUUGAAACCUCAGAUAUGUAAGUAAAUUAGGAAAUGUUAGAAAGAAGCGAUCAGGGAUUUUUUUUUGUUUGUAGAUUCCUCUGUGCUAACCCCAGGUGCUUUUAUUUUGAUAGUAACCUUUAAACUGA